AUGUCUCUUAAACAAGGCGACGCCGUCCCAGCCAACACCAUCUUCAAGUACGUUCCAGUCAAGUUGAACGAUACCGACUCACUUACUUGCCCAGCCCCGGUGGCGUACAACUUAUCAAAAGAUGCCGAACAAUCCAAGAAGGUCUUGAUCGUCUCUUAUCCGGGAGCCUUCACUCCUACAUGUUCCCAAACCCAUGUGCCAGAAUUCUUGGAGGACGCUAAUAUCAAAACCGUUCUCGCUAAAGGGUACGACAAGAUUGUUUUCCUUUCCGCUAAUGAUCCAUUUGUGUUACAAGCGUUUGCCAAAGCCCUUGGGGUCGACAAGGACGAAACUAAAGUGAAACAUGUCAUUUUUGCCAGCGACACCUACGCUGAAUUUAGCAAGAAGUUUGGUCUCGAAUUGGAUUUGACCAAAAUGGGGUUGGGCAUCAGAACUGGGAGAUAUGCGAUGGUGAUCAAUGAUGGUAAAGUGAGCUACAUUGGUCAGGAAUUGGGAGGCGAUGUCACGGUUUCAGGUUUCAAGAGUGUUUUGCAACACUUGUAA